ACCCACUCUCUCAGUCGGCGUCUGGAGCUGCCUGCCUUUGCCCUCACCUUCCUGCGUGUCCCGGCGUUUCAAACCCAAACACAAGAAUAGAGGAAGACUACACGAAACGCACAUGGGAGAACGCGAGGUUUUUUUCACGCCUGCACGUCGCACGAUGGCUUAUAUAUGAGGAGGACACUUUGGGAUGUGGACAUAAACAAGCGUCUCCACGGAGAGAAGCGCAUGAGAAAACACAACGCUGUCCGUAGUCUCCGACACCGAGAAGGACUCCUCCCCACCUCGGCCGUGACACCUCCCGGUAAAUCGCUGAGAAAGGAUAACAGCCUUUUUUUUUUUUCGGAUUUUUUUUUCUGGAGACGAGAGACCGGGUCUAACACUGCCAUUCAGAUGCCAGUGACUGACUGACUGUAUGGCUUUAAAAAGUUGCCUGGAGAACAUGGACAUCUGACGUGCGCCACACGGCGUCAUUGGACACAUUGAGCCUCUCUCUCUCUCUCUCUCUCUCUCUCUCUCUCUCUUUUCUCCAUCACAUCUCGGACUGAAUAAUCCCCUGCGCUUUGGGUUUGGAGUAAGAAGAAGUGUUGAGCAGUUGUCAUUUGUCCUGACACAGGCUACAUCCAGUAGCUCCCCGCAGAAAGGGAACAUUACCACACCACAGAAGACACUGCCUGUUGUGCUGCGCAUUUGUGUGUGCCGAUCUCACUGUUUGUGCGUUAAAGGGAGAGAGAUAUUCUGUCAGCCCACCACGGAUUUGUCCGAGCUGACAUCCCGCAUGAAAUAAAGCGUAUGAUUCAACUGGACCCUCGCCCUGCAUCAGAGAGAAAACAACACUGACGCGCUGGUUUUCUAACUUUACAUUUCCGUCAGACCGAACAAGUGUCAUCUCAAGUGUCCCCUUGAAUGGUCACAAUUUUGCCUUUUCUGUGCAGCGCGCGUUUGUAUUUGUGUAGCAUUCACAAACUGCGCCAGACACACACGGCCACAGGUGAAUGAGACUCGUCACCUGUCCCGGUUGAAGCGCUCGCACAACUCGACUGACUGACCCAUACUUGAAGAGGAAUACGUGCCGAAGUUUCGCCGUAGUGAUGCUGCAAGUGGAAAUGGUCCUCUUUGUCUGCCUGGUGCUGUUGAUGUGUGUUUUUAGCCAGGAGCCCAGCUCCAAAGUGGUGGCCGACCGCUACGCCGUCUUCUGGAACCGGACCAACACCAAGUUCCAUCGUGGGGACUACCACAUCGACGUGUGCAUAAAUGACUACCUGGAUGUCUACUGUCCUCACUACGAAGACACAGUGCCUGAGGAGCGGACGGAGCGCUACGUCCUCUACAUGGUCAACUACGAUGGCUACAGCACGUGCGACCACACCGCCAAGGGCUUCAAACGCUGGGAGUGCAACAGGCCGCACUCCCCGAACGGGCCGCUCAAGUUUUCAGAGAAGUUCCAGCUCUUCACUCCCUUCUCCUUGGGCUUCGAGUUCAGACCGGGCAGAGAAUACUACUACAUCUCCUCCACCAUCGCUGAGAACGGGAGGAAAACAUGCCUGAAGCUCAAAGUUUUCGUCCGACCAUCAAACAGCUGUGUGAAAACUAUAGGCGUACAUGACCGUGUUUUUGAUGUAAACGACAAAGUAGACAAUACAUUAGAACCACGAGACGAUACCAGUCAUGAACCAGCUGAGCCUUCCCGAAGUGAAACGAAUGCUGCGCCACACCUGCAGAACACAAGUCCGCUCCUGGCUUUGUUGCUGGUCUGCCUAGCAGCACUCUUCACUUUAUAGCGCCUCCCUCUGUCCCGGAGGGCAUUUACACCUAGUGUGGCCUGAAUCUGCCCGAGGCUGCAGGGAAAGGGGGGCAGGGCUUUGGGUGCAGCGUGUUUGCUUGAUUGGGCAUCAGAGCAGGCUUCUCAAGGAACCCUCUAUUUUUUUCAGAAAAAUAUUUAAGUGGUCUUUCUCCGUCUGUGAGUGAAAAAAGUUGAUGUUGGAAGGGGGAGAGAUAGUCCCCCCCCUCUUAAACCGUCAACUAAGAUGCCAAAUCUUGUUUUUUGACACUUAGUGAUUCUUAUUUUCCCGUGACUUGACAUCCCUUUACAUCACGUUUAUGUCAUUGCAGCACUGAUGUUUACCCAAACACACAUGCACGCGCACACACACAAACACACACACACACAUACACACACACACACACACACACACACACACACACACACUGCUUACAGAGACAAAAACAGAAAUGCCUCUACACUAACAGUCAUUAGCAGUAGGGUUUUUACAAAGUUGUAGACAGUAGCAGCGUUACACAGUAGGAAAGUGAAGAUUCUAGGUCUUAGAAAUGAUAUACAUACACAAAUAAAUAGUUACCCCGAGACCUCUCAAGAAGCCUUUCAGAAAAUAUUUUUGAUCAAGUUCUGCUGGGACUUUUAGCACCCAUUUUACUGGGAAGUGUGGUACAAAGCUGAAAGAUGAAGAUGUGGGGGAGAGAGUAAUGGUUUUAGGCAGAGGUCAGACUGGAAACCACAGCACUGAGAAAUACAAUGGCAUGCACCUUAGCCCGCUGAUCUUCAGACUGUCCAGGUUUAGAGUCUGAGUGAGUGAUAGUAAAACCUUCUCUUGUCCUCCGUUGUGCUAACACUAACCCAAAGCAUUCGCGUCAAAACAGCUGAAAAUUGAAACUUUCUCACCAGACACUUUGUGGGCCUGUUAUUAAGAUCAAGGAUCAAUACCUUUUGAGAGCUGAUCACACAAUUUCACGGCAACGGUCACAGUCGUUUUAUUCUAUGUUUACUGGACUGGGCGGCAAUUGUUGUCUGUUCCAUUUGAGUAUUAGUCGAUAUUAACACUCCCAUAAACAUUUGCAUCUGCAGCUUUUUUUCCCCUUCACUAUUGAUUGUUAAAACUAUUGUUUAAAAAUGAUUCACAGCUAAAUUGCACACUUUGUUUUUUUUGUUUUUUUU